CGCCAGAGUGAAGCCGCCGGCGGAGCUAAACUUAACUCCAUGUUCCCUGCAUGAAGUGAUUCGACCACGCUCCCUGUCAUGUGUCACGAAGAACUCAUCGUUGAAUUUCAAGUGACAUAAGAGAGAAUUAUGAUGAUUACGUACCCAUUAAGGUCCACUAGGUGACAGUAUCGCCGUGCAAGAACCUUCCGGUCUGUGGCAUUGUGAGGGGUCAUGGCAGGAAGUGGAAGCUCAUCCGGAUAUUUGACUGCCGGGAGGAGGGAGGCAGGAGAGAGAGCGAGAUGCAGAGAGGGAGGAGCGUGCACACGGCAACCUGCUGGAGGGCUCACAUGGUCCUGCCGCAGCUGAGCUCUCACUACCGGGACAGCCCUCGCUGAACUCGGAAGCCUCAUCUAUUGUUGUUUACAUUUUCAUCUUUUCUUUCCCUGUAUCCCUCCUUCCCCCUCCAGCCCCCAGUGUUUAGCAGCGCCAUGGCUCGGGAGAACGGAGACACCAGCGGGGGAGAGACGUGGAAGAAGCAGGUCGACGACAUUAAGAUGAUGUUUGAUUUGAAGGAAGUGCUCGGGACAGGAGCCUUUUCGGAGGUGGUCCUGGCCCAGGAGAAGCUGACGGGUCGGAUGUUUGCGGUGAAGUGCAUCCCUAAGAAGGCUCUGAAGGGGAAAGAGAGCAGCAUUGAAAACGAGAUCGCCGUGCUGAGGAAGAUUAAGCAUGAAAAUAUUGUGGCACUGGAGGACAUCUACGAGAGUCCGGAUCACCUCUAUCUCAUUAUGCAACUGGUGUCCGGUGGUGAGCUCUUUGACAGAAUCGUCGAAAAAGGCUUUUACACCGAAAAAGAUGCGAGCACGCUCAUCCGGCAAGUCCUGGAUGCUGUGAACUAUCUGCACAACAUGGGCAUCGUGCACCGAGACCUGAAGCCGGAGAACCUGCUAUAUUUUAAUCCCCAGGAUGGGUCAAAGAUCAUGAUCAGCGACUUCGGUCUUUCUAAGAUGGAGGGUAGCGGUAAUGUCAUGUCCACUGCCUGUGGUACACCAGGAUAUGUCGCACCAGAGGUUCUUGCCCAGAAGCCAUACAGCAAGGCAGUGGACUGCUGGUCCAUUGGAGUGAUCGCCUAUAUCCUGUUGUGCGGGUAUCCACCGUUUUACGACGAGAACGACUCCAAGCUGUUCGAACAAAUCCUCAAAGCCGACUACGAGUUUGACGCACCCUACUGGGACGACAUAUCAAACUCCGCCAAGGAUUUCAUCAGGAACCUAAUGGAAAAAGAUCCAGCCAAGCGUUUCACUUGCGAGCAGGCUCUUCGACAUCCCUGGAUCGCCGGGGAUACAGCUCUCUGCAAGAACAUCCACGAGUCUGUCAGCCGGCAAAUUAGGAAGAACUUUGCCAAGAGCAAAUGGAGGCAAGCGUUCAAUGCCACGGUGGUGGUUCGCCACAUGAGGCGGCUGCAACUUGGCAGCAGCAUGGGGAGCGGCGUGGACACCAACAACCCCCACGCCAGGCCGAGCCAGAAGCUGGCACAAGGUCCGAGCCAGGCGGACCGGAACCGGUCGGCUCCGAGCCAGAGCGCCGGCUCGGCCGCGAGCCAGACUUCAUCCUUCGACAACAUAGCAGCGCCACGGAAGGAAUAUUUGAAGGCCUUAUCGCCCAGCUUUGCAAAACAAUAUAACAGUCUUUUUUAUUGAUUUAUUUUUUUAUUUUGUUGCAAGAAUUUUGCAGUCUCUUUUUCCUAUAUACUGUAUCUUGCUACAAUGUUUUAUGAUAGAGGAAGGGAAAAUGAUGAAAAUAUGUCCCGGAUGACGCCAGGAUAUCUUUGUGCCGCUUUAACCCUUGGUGUUAAUGUGUAUAUUAAGUUUAGCUAUUGAAUGUUUCUAUUGAGGAGUGAAUAAAAUGCUAUAUUUUUUUAAAAUCAGAAAACAGGCACUGUUUUUCUUUUUAAUCCAUGUUUGUCGAAAUAAAUAUGUAUUUGUAUGUAUUUUGUAUUGACCCCUGGAAAGAAACAAAAUUCUAAUUUGGCGUUUAAAACGUUUGGGAGCCCCUUGUUGUUAAGGAUGACAAAUUUGUGCGCAUUGGUCUGACUUGGCUCCUCCAGGUGUUGCCACGCCUGCCACUCCCUGCAGCCUGGCCUCCGCAGCCGCUUCUCCCGCGGCGGGGGCCGAGCUGAGCCGACCGCACCCCUCGGCCGUUCCCGCCCCGGUGCUCACGGAGACCAAGUGACGCCAGGUGUCGCGGGGGACCAGCUGGGAGGCCACGGCGCUGUGAGGCGGAGGGACGAGAGCAGGAGAGGGAGAGGAUGGUCCUCUUGGUUCCGCCUUUCGUCUCCUCACUAAACUUCUUCAUGGAAGUGUCCCCCCCACCACAACUACCACCGCCAACACCGUCCUCUUCCUCCUCCUCCUCCUCCUCCUCCCCCCUCAGCUGGUUCCUCGCCCUGCUCCGAGGAGAGCAGAGACCUCCAUUUGUAAUCACACAGCGCCACAGUGUGUGCCCACACGACAUUUCUGACUCUCGCUGAGCAUGUUUGUCAGCUUGCCUGGCGCUGGAUCACACGAAUCAAUGUCAACUUCCCUCCUGAAUCUCAUCUUUCCUUCACUAAUCUAAUUAUCUGGAUGUUUGUUUUUUGACUGUUGGCAACUGGAAUGUUUUCAUUGUUCUAUUCGUGCGGUUCAUUUAGAAGGAGGUAUUUGUACUUUUCAAAAGGCCAUCAAUGUCUAAUUAGCAGUUGCGUUUCUGUUAAAAAAAAUAAUAAUAAAAAAAAAAAAAAAAAAAGAGAUCAUUAUCAAGACGAUCAGUCGUCACUACCUCAUGCUAAUGACCAGCUUUUGAAUUGAAAAGCUUCUCCCGAAAUGGAGUCCAGGUGGUUUCCCAUAAUCCACAGCUAGCUUUGUCUGCUUCAUCCCUCCUUCUUUGCUUUGACUCAUCUCUGCUCCCGUUGCACACCGAGUUGAUUGUUUUUCAUUCAUAUUUCAAACGGUACACAUAGCUUGUCCGACUGUGUGUUUGUGCUUCAAGAAGUGCUUUAAAAGUACCAUAUGACUGUUGAGAAAGGAAAAUAUGAGUUAGUGCUUUAUCUAUUUUGCACAGCGAGAGUCCAGAUACGUUCUCAGACGCAGAUUAAACGCCACCCACUGAUGUUUAUCAGACAGGAAGAAGAGAUUUUAUUGAGCAUUGUACUUCUUUAUUAUACUUGUGUUACUUUUAAAUGUUUUUCUGACUAUUGCCCUUAAAUGGACUCGUUCAGGUUACUAUGAAACAUUUACAAAUGUACGCUGUAUGGACAAAAGCCUUGCGACGCCUCUUAAUCGAUUACUCAAUCUAGUUAGUUCCCCCUCGAUCUUUCUUUUUCCGCAUAUCGAGACGGCAGCGUAGUGGGCGGAGUGGUUAGAACGUCUGCCUCUCCGUUUUGAAGUUCAAAUGUUGCCUCCGUCCUUUGCGUGUUCUUCCUGUGCUUGUGUGUUUUUUUUUCUGGCUACUUCUGGCUACUUCCUCCCACAUCCCCCAAAACACGCCUCUUAGGUUCAUUGAAGACUCUAAAUUGUCCAUAGGUGUGACCGUGAGUGUAAAUGCUGGUUUGUCUAUCUGAGCCCGGCAAUUGGCUGGUGUACCCUGCUUCUCCAUCCAGGAAAAUGGAUGGAUAUGAAUGGCCACUCUACCAAUAGAGAAGCAAAGUGUGAUUUAGGUGACUACAAAUAGCGAUGUACAGUGACAGGCAGAAGAUUACUCUUCCACUAGAUGGCAAAAAGUACAAUGGCGUAUCCAUGAUGAUUACAUGAAUUAAACUCUUUGUGACAUUUUAGUUUGGUGGCGUGCCAUGAGAUUUUUGUAAUAUAAAAUAUGUGCCUUGGCUCAAUAAAGGUUGAGAAAAACGUGGCUCUGGGUGAAUAGACGCAACUCCAAAAUCUUCCCCAAAGUCUUCCCAUUAACCGUCGUACCGGCAACCCCUUCCAUACUUUCUUCCAUUUCGCUUACCGUUGACGUGAUUCCGAUGCCAGGUGUCCCAAUACUUUUGUCCAUAAAAGAUACAUAUUGUUUGUGAUGACGUCUGUGACUUAGCUCCCUCCUUUUUCCGCGCGGUUUUCUCAAUAAUCGUUUUGCCUUCACGAUUGUCCAAAUUUGAAAACGGCCUGCUGCUUUUCCUCGCCGCUCUCUUAUCGAAGCCAUGACGUCGCCGCGCUGCACCCGGUUCAGUCGUGCUCAGGGAAAACUGCAGCUGCACUGUGUGCUGGCGACCUGCCGCUUUAGUUUCACUUUCACUCCAGAAGCUUGUUUGCAUAGCUUGCCGCUAUUGGUUACUGUUUGGCGUCGCGUUGAACCAGCUAUGUAAAAGGUCGCGCAUACAUGACCUUAACCAUUACCAUGCAGUACAGUGUGGGUCGGUUCAGUUCGUUCAGCUUUGUCUGUGUUAAAUUGUGAUAUCUAGUCCACAAAUACAGUAGUACCUUGACCUAGUCAGAAGUCCAAAACAACAAUGCGGCAUUCCUGUAUUUAUGAUUAUUAUUGUUGUUAUUUUAAAUUGUGUCAGUGGCUAUAAUGGCCUUUGUUUUUGCGGCGAAAGCAGAGCAGCACGAUUUCGGCCCACUCUCACACAUAUCAGAUUGUCAUUAGAUGCUAUCCCUUUAUCGUGAAUAUGGAGCCAAAGACCAGAGCAAAGAAUAUUAUGCGCAUUCACACAUGACGCUUGGCAGAAUUUGACGAGAAAGCUAUGAUACUUUGAUCGAUUUUGUAUGAUUUCAGAUGAUAGUUAUUGUUAGUUGCCAACUCGCCAUCUUUUUUUGGUGUUCAUCUCCUCCCCCGAUAGUGCUUCUGCCGAAUGUUUAAAUAUAAUGAUCCGUUUGUUAAAAUGGAGAAAAAUCCACCAUGAGGAUGUCUGUGAUAGUGUAAUGUUUUGUCUCCUUUUGUUGGUUCUGUUCGACCUUUUGGAUUUUAAUUGCCAUGCUUGCAUGUAUUUAUGCCGCUGCAUGGAAGACAAACUGUAUAUUCCCAGGACCCUGAAUCUGAACUGACUUUGUCCUGUGUACCCUCUGGUUCUUUUAGCGUGUCUUUAGAUGCAUGUUGUCUUAGUGAACCGUCUUGACAAAGUGUGUAUGUGUGUUCUUUUUAUUUAUUCAAAUGGGAGUGUGUCAAAGUAGUCAAGUUUCGUCUCCAGAGAUGAUUAUUUUCAAAACAUGAGCGCCAUUUUUAAAAUUCCAUGUUUGUCUCAGAGGAAAGCAACCGUCAUUAAAAAACAACAACAAAACCUUUACACAUAAGGGCUUAAUCAGAUUAUUCAUGAUGACCCUGUCUGCCGUACGUAUUGACAUGGAUUGCUAUGCAUUUUCAACAUUCAUUUUCAGUGCUUUUCCGUUGUGCACGAAAAAUCCAAAAAUGUCAAGUAUAUUAAUUGGAAUCUUGCACAGGAAAGAAGAGCGUGCUCUUCAAUCCCUGAAAUUCAUUUACAUUUUUUUCUAUUUGAAAAAACUAACUCUCAACCAUUAUUGACUAUUUCAAUAAUGUGCCGUGUCGAAUGAAUUGAUGAAUGCGCUGUACAGCGGGCAGAGGCUUCAUGAUCAUACUCCUCUGGGCUUCUGUGUCUUUGCUUUUGAAUGAAACACUUCAAUGUUUAAGAUGCUUGUACAAAGAUUGUAAAUAUAUAAAUGAUCAUUUUCAAGAUCUUUGCUGUUCUGGCUUGCGGGAAUGGAUGAGCGAUUGUGUGCGCGCGCUUCCUUGCGUUGAUUGUAUUGUCUUUGGAAUGUCCAGAUAGGGGGAAUAAAAAUGUAAUUCCCCUUUAGAGUUUUGACCUUUGACAGUGCAGUCGAAUGCUCAGUGUUUCUGUACCACUUCAGUGUCAGUGAAGCAACAUUUAAUGAUCUCAGGCUUACGUUUUUGCCAUUUUAAAGGAAGAAAUCCAAAGCUGUGACAACUCUGAAACACACUGUUAUGGAACGCAAGUGGCUCCCAUUGACGUAUCUGUAUUGUGUGAAAAUAAACCAAUCCUGGCAUCCAUGACUAACUUUUAGAUACACAAUAGCGUUUCAGUUCUACAAACGGGUCUCUCUGAAAAACAAUGUAUUAUGUAAACUAUAAACUGUAUUUAACUGAUAGAAUGGUGCUGGUGAUAUAAACUCUUCAAUGAGUAGUCGUGGCUCAAUUGUUUUGUUAAAGUACUCGAGUAGCUCGUUCAUGCAUGCUCGCUCACCCCAUAAGUUUAGACGGACUUUCUGCCACCAAAAUGUCACUCCGCCAUGCAAGCACCCAUCGCGCCGACGGGUCUGCCAAAUUGGCAAAAAAAUGCCAGCGAGUCUUCAAGACAAGACACACCACCAUUUGCAUUGCGGCGCACGUUGCGCAGUCUACGAAAAUAAUAGAGCCCAAAGAGCAAAGUGUGGUUUAAUAAGUUGGGCAAAAUAUCGUGGAUUUUUACCUAUUGAUAAAGGAGGGUUCAAAGUAUUGGCUUAUCUAAACAUAAUUAGGUAAUUUGCCUCAAGAGCUAAAACAAGCGUAAAACUAUUUCACAGAACCCAACUCAGCUCUGAAUUAGGGCCUCGACUAUUGUUUGUGAGACUGAAACUCAACACGGUGCUUGUUAUCGUGACCCACUGUCUCCCCUCUCGGCUGUCCGUGUGUUCAUCCUCGCCCAUCUGGUGCGCCACCGUCACGCUCAACGACACCCUCGCGUCUCGUAACGGGCGCCGCCUGCCGCUCUGAUGCUUGUGACUUUGCGUGUCCAUGGGGCUUGUAUAUCGGAUGCCUUCGACAAUCAUGUGCACAUAUCAGUUACCGUGACGACACAGACUGGAUUGUCUUUUGUUCUUCUAUUUUUUUCCUGGAAUAAAUCCUGAAUGAUCACUGAAA